AUGUUGCUACUGAACCUAAUAUGGCAGAAAAAAAUAAUUCAGGAGGAAGUCCUGGAUACAGAAGCAGACAAGGUGCCUGUUGAUGAACCUUUUGUAGAGGCAGCUGCAGUGAAUGACAAUGCAAGAAACUGCACGGAGGAUAUUAACACAGCAAUUGUAUGUUUUAAAGCUGGCCUGGAAGCCUUUCGAUCUUUUCUGAAGUCUGAGUUCAGUGAAGAGAACAUUGAUUUCUGGUUGGCCUGUGAGGAUUUCAAGAAAACCAAGGCACCAGAUAUAAUAUCUUCCAAAGCACAGCAGAUAUAUACUGACUUUAUUGAGGUCAACGCUCCAAAAGAGAUCAACAUUGACUUCAAUACCAGAGAUACAAUAUCUAAAAACAUCUCAGAACCAACUAUCAACUGUUUUGACAAUGCACAGAAAAGCAUCUAUAGUUUAAUGGUAAAGGACUCUUUCCCAAGGUUUCUUAAGUCAGAUGUGUACCAGGAGCUGAUGCAAAAAUCACAAACAAAAACUCCAAAGAAGUGGUUUAUCUUUUAGAGCAAGAAAACUGCCAACAGAAAGAAAAUGUCCUUUCUGAAACAACAAUGUCCUUUGGAAUGUGUGGCUUUAUGGAUGAUGAAUUAUAAUUUAAUGGACAAUUCAGACUGGUUCUGAUAGUAAUAGCUUAUGUUGAAGAUUUAAAGGACACAUUUAAUAAAUCAUGUGUUUCUUCCAUAUUAUGCCAGAUACACAUUGCUUAUAUAUUCACAAUAUUUUAUUUAUUUAAAGGUAUCACUUUAUUUUGGUGAUCUGCUGCAGUUUUAAAAAAGCUAGAUGACACUAAUCAGUUGACUUUCCAGUGAGGAUGUAUAAACAUCACUUAACUCUCUUAUUACUGGGAUGCAUAACAAAAGCUCUUUUUUUAGGAUUCUUUUCUGCACUGAUAUAUAUAUAAAUGGGUCUAUGUCAGAUGAUCAAGUUUUUGCAAACUCAAAAAAAAUA